GGCGGCGGCAGCCGGCGGCGGCAGCGUGUUUUCAGGUGGCGGCGUCGGGCUCCAGGAGCUGCAGCGGCACGAGGAGGAGGAUGGCGGAGUCCUCGGACAAGCUCUAUCGGGCCGAGUACGCCAAGAGCGGGCGCGCCUCUUGCAAGAAGUGCAAGGAGAACAUUCCCAAGGACUCGCUCCGGAUGGCCAUCAUGGUGCAGUCACCCAUAUUCGACGGGAGAGUCCCACACUGGUACCACUUCUCCUGCUUCUGGAAGGUUGGCCAUACCCUCCCGCACCCUGACGUGGAUGUGGACGGGUUUUCCGAGCUGCGUUGGGAUGACCAGCAGAAAGUCAAGAAGACCGCAGAAGCUGGCGGAGUGGCAGGCAAAGGCCAGGAUGGAAGUGACAGCAAGCUAGACAAGACACUGGGUGACUUCACCGCCGAGUACGCCAAGUCCAACAGAAGCACAUGCAAGGGGUGUAUGGAGAAGAUAGAAAAGGGUCACAUGCGCCUGUCCAAGAAGAUGCUGGACCCGGAGAAGCCACAGAUGGGUGUGAUCGACCGCUGGUACCACCCAAACUGCUUCGUCCAGAACAGGGAGAAGCUGGGUUUCCGGCCUGAGUACAGCGCAAGCCAGAUCGCGGGCUUCUCCAUCCUCACUCCAGAGGACAGAGAAUUCCUGAAGAAGCUGUUCCCAAAAGUCAAGAGUGAAGGAAAGAGAAGAGGUGAUGAAGUGGAUGGCAGAGAUGAAGGGGGCAAGAAGAAAUUUAAAAAAGAAAAAGACAAGGAUAGUAAGCUUGAAAAGGCCCUCAAGGCUCAGAACGACCUAAUCUGGAAUAUCAAGGACGAGCUAAAGAAGGUGUGUUCGACGAAUGACCUGAAGGAGCUCCUCAUCUUCAACAAGCAGCAAGUGCCUUCCGGGGAGUCGGCGAUCUUGGACCGAGUAGCUGAUGGGAUAGUGUUUGGUGCCCUCCUUCCCUGUGAGGAAUGCUCAGGCCAGCUGGUCUUCAAGAGCGAUGCCUAUUACUGUACUGGGGACGUCACUGCCUGGACCAAGUGUAUGGUCAGGACACAGACACCCAACCGCAAAGAAUGGGUGACCCCAAAGGAAUUCCGGGAAAUCUCUUACCUCAAGAAACUGAAAAUCAAAAAGCAGGACCGCCUGUUCCCCCCUGAGGCCAGCGCCCCAGUGGUGGCAGCACCCCCACCGUCCAAAGCCACACCGCCCCCCACUGAGAACUCUUCUGCUCCAGCAGAUAAACCAUUGUCCAACAUGAAGAUCCUCACUCUGGGGAAGCUGUCCCGGAACAAGGAGGAAGUGAAGGCCAUGAUCGAGAAGCUUGGGGGCAAGCUGACAGGAACAGCCAACAAGGCUUCCGUGUGCAUCAGCACCAAGAAGGAGGUGGAGAAGAUGACGAAGAAGAUGGAGGAAGUAAAAGAAGCCAACGUUCGAGUUGUGUCUGAGGACUUCCUCCAGGAUGUCUCAGGCUCCACCAAGAGCCUUCAGGAGCUGCUGUCAGUGCACGUCUUGUCAUCCUGGGGGGCUGCGGUGAAGGUGGAGCCUGCCGAAGUAGUGGCCCCAAAAGCAAAGUCUGGGGCUGCGGUCCCCAAGAAGAGCAAGGGCCCCGUCAAGGAGGAAGGUGUCAACAAAUCUGAAAAGAGAAUGAAGUUGACUCUCAAAGGAGGAGCAGCUGUGGAUCCUGAGUCUGGUCUGGAACAUUCUGCACAUGUCCUGGAGAAAAGCGGGAAGGUCUUCAGUGCCACCCUGGGCCUGGUGGACAUCGUCAAAGGAACCAACUCCUAUUACAAGCUACAACUUCUGGAGGACGAUAAAGAAAGCAGGUACUGGAUAUUCAGGUCCUGGGGCCGCGUGGGCACAGUGAUCGGGAGUAACAAACUGGAGCAGAUGCCGUCCAAGGAGGAUGCCAUUGAGCACUUCAUGAAAUUAUAUGAAGAAAAAACCGGGAAUGCCUGGAAUUCCAAGAACUUCACGAAGUAUCCCAAAAAAUUCUACCCUCUGGAGAUUGACUACGGCCAGGAUGAAGAGGCAGUGAAGAAGCUGACAGUAAACCCUGGCACCAAGUCCAAGCUUCCCAAGCCAGUUCAGGAACUCAUUAAGAUGAUCUUCGAUGUGGAAAGUAUGAAGAAGGCCAUGGUGGAGUACGAGAUUGACCUUCAGAAGAUGCCCUUGGGGAAGCUGAGCAAACGGCAGAUCCAGGCAGCAUACUCCAUCCUCAGUGAGGUCCAGCAGGCGUUGUCCCAGGGCAGCAGCGACUCCCAGAUCCUGGACCUCUCAAAUCGCUUCUACACCCUGAUCCCCCAUGACUUUGGGAUGAAGAAGCCUCCACUCCUGAACAAUGCAGACAGCGUGCAGGCCAAGGUGGAAAUGCUGGACAACCUGCUAGACAUCGAGGUGGCCUACAGUCUGCUCAGGGGUGGCUCUGAGGACAGCAGCAAGGACCCCAUCGAUGUCAACUAUGAGAAGCUCAAAACUGAGAUUAAGGUGGUUGACAGAGAUUCUGAAGAAGCCGAGAUCAUCAGGAAGUACGUUAAGAACACUCACGCCACCACACACAAUGCCUAUGACUUGGAAGUCGUUGAUAUCUUUAAGAUAGAGCGUGAAGGGGAGAACCAGCGUUACAAGCCCUUCAGGCAGCUUCACAACCGGCAGCUGCUGUGGCACGGCUCCAGGACCACCAACUUUGCUGGAAUCCUGUCCCAGGGUCUCCGGAUUGCGCCCCCGGAAGCGCCUGUGACAGGCUACAUGUUUGGUAAAGGAAUCUAUUUCGCCGACAUGGUCUCCAAGAGUGCCAACUACUGCCACACAUCUCAGGGAGACCCAAUAGGAUUGAUCCUCUUGGGAGAAGUUGCUCUUGGAAAUAUGUAUGAACUGAAGCAUGCGUCACAUAUCAGCAAGUUACCCAAGGGCAAGCACAGUGUCAAAGGUUUGGGCAAAACGACCCCUGACCCUUCAGCUAGUAUUACUCUGGAUGGUGUGGAGGUUCCUCUUGGGACCGGCAUUUCAUCUGGUGUUAAUGACACUAGUCUACUGUAUAAUGAGUACAUCGUCUACGAUAUUGCUCAGGUAAAUCUGAAGUAUCUGCUAAAACUGAAAUUCAAUUUUAAGACGUCCCUCUGGUGAAUUACAAGAUAUGGCCAUGUCACACACCAGUGACUGGUAUGGAUUCGCCUCGUGCUUACGUGUCAGCCCACCGACCAGACACCUCAGCUAAUUUUAUAUGAACGUACAGUAACCUGUUCAAAGGUCUUCCCAACUUUUCAAGCCCCUCGUUUUCUGUUUGAUUUUUUUUUUUUUUCCGGUGGGGGUGGGGGGGUGUGCUUUUUCCCUCUAGGUAUAUCACUUGUGUGGUACAACUGACAAUAGAGGAAAAGUUGGGAAGAGUUGUUUUUUUUUUUUU